GGUUGGCUCUGUUUAAUCGAUCAUCAGAGAAUGAUUUUACAAUAUUUAUACUUCGCAGUUCUGAUACAUUUAUCUAUUUCUACAAGAAUUCAGUUAUCAACUGGAACAAUCGAAGGGAAAAUCUUGAAUGCUACUUAUUCGCCGUUUGGAAAUCAAACUGCUACCGUAUUUUUGGGCAUACCAUACGUUGAACCUCCAAUUGGAGAACUUCGAUUCCGGAAACCACGUCUUCUGAAAUCAUGGGAAGGAGUUCUAGAGACAAAGGAUUAUAAGCCUGCGUGUAUGAGUUAUUGGAGGAAAACUUUCAAAAAUGGAUUUGUUGGAGAAAUUUCAGAGGAUUGUCUAUACGCAAAUGUGUUCACAAACCAGUAUUGCUUGCAAAAUAAAAACUGCUCCGUAAUGAUUGUGGUACAUGGUGGACGACUUGUUUGCGAAUCGGGUUCCGCAUUUAAACCUGAAAUUUUUAUAAACAAUUUUGUGGGUCAGGACAGAAAUAUUGUAGUUGUGACAUUCAAUUACCGCCUCGGAGUUUUUGGAUUUGGAGUAUUUAAUGGAGAAACCGGGGAUACGAAUGUGGCAAUGUAUGAUAUGUUGGAAGCAGUGAAGUGGGUAAGAAAAGAGAUUGACCAAUUUGGAGGGAACAAGGACAGAAUCACAAUGGCUGGACAUUCUGCAGGAGCAGGACUUAUUGUAGAUUUCACGAGCUCAACUCUCUCCAAAGGUUUACUCCAUCAACAGAUUGUUAUGAGUGCUCCACUUCAAGAUAUUUCGAAAAGUGCAAACUUUAAAGGAAUGACUAUUGUAGCUCAAAAUGUAGGAUGUAUACCAAAAGAAUACGGAUUCAGAAAAUUAUCGAAAACUCAAAUUAAUAAGACCUACUUGUGCCUUCAAAAUAAAUCUGCUCAAGAUCUACUUCAUGCUCAACUGAGUAUGCAACAGAAUUCCACGUUUUACUUUGGAUCCCCUCGUGUAGAUGGAGAUUUUAUAACUGACUAUCCAGAUAAUCUAUUUAAUUUUAAUACGAUCUACCCUAUCAAUACAUUCAUUGGAACUACAACUGGCGAGCUCAGAGACUCAUUAUAUAUAACGGAUCCCAAAAAUGACCGGAUAAAGGAGCAGUUAUUGAAAAACAUGUGUGAGCAUGUUGGUUAUGAACUUUUUGAGAAACCAGAGGAAUUUACAAAAAAGUGUGGAAAUUAUUACAAAAAUGGGACAGAUGCUCAGUUUUUGUCGGAUGAUAUGGAAUUUUACUCCGGUGCCAUAAAGGUGGCUAACGCGCAUAAAAGAGCCAAUUCCAAAGUUUUUAUGUACAGCUAUGAUUAUAAAGGCGCCGGCACGGCGUUCCACAAAUAUUUGGAGGCCCCUUCUCCUCAUCAUUCUGAAGAUUUGAUCUACACUUUUGGAACUAGUCGUGGACCAUUUGUUGCCAAGGAUUACGUUAUUGAGCGAAUUUAUAGUGGAAUGCUUGCCAAUUUUAUCAAUUUCGAAGAUCCUUCUCCAUCGAAAACUCAGCAGUGGCGACAGUACACACAGGAGAAACGCGAAUAUUUUUUGAUAGAUUUUGAUAAGAACUUCACUAUGCCUGGAAUGAAAGAUCACUAUUACACAAGGGCUCUAGAUUUUUGGAGUACCGCCGGCAAAAAGUCAUUCAGUGAACGAUUUUCGCCGUCACUUGACAAUUUUGUCAUGUCAAUUCUCACAGAUCCAAUUGUUUCCCAUUUGAAAGGUGUUGCAUCUGGCCCUGAUAAGUCUAUUGAACAAUUUGAAAAGGUUUUUAACGAACGGGAGAGCUUCCUUGAAGAGUUGAAGCUAAGGAGAAAAUUGAAGUUGGAGAAGAAAAUCGGUGUUCAAAUGAGAAAUUCAGUUGUGGAAUUUGAAAAAGAUGCAGAUCAAGGGACAAGUGGAGGAGUUCUAAAUACACUUCCAAUAAUUCUUGGUGUCACAGUAUUUGGUAGUAUCAUCUAUGCUUCCAUAUCCCAUUUCUGCAUCCCUAAUAAAUCAAGGACAGGUUACCAACUUCUGGAAUAGUUUAUUUAAUUUCAAAGCUGAACAAUGAUAUUGUUUAAAAAAAAACAAUGAUAUUGUUAAAAUAAAAAUAUUGAGAAUAAACUUCCA